CCUUUGGGAGCUCGGCUGGAGUUUGGAGGGAUGGCAGGCUGCUGACUCAGCCGAAGUUUCCGCCUUGCCGAGCUAUAAAAACAUGCCUCAGUUCUGGGCUGCUUCAUCAGUGGUGUUGAGCCUCCAGCAGCGAUUGCAUUGCCAGAGUUCGGUUCCAAGUCGGCCCCAUUUUUUCAUAUUUUUUUGAGUGACAUUUAAGGAUGCGUCGCGCUGUGAUCCUUGUGUUCGUGUGCGGUCUGAUGAUCGCCCUGGCCUCGGCCGGCUUGCUGGGCGGCGGAGGCGGUGGUGGUGGCUACGGCGGCAGUGGCUACGGUGGUCAAGGCGGAGGCGGCCAGGGUGGCUGGCAGAAGAACGGAGGAGGCGGUGGUGGCCAGGGAGGUUAUGGCGGAGGUAACCAAGGUGGACAUGGAGGCGGAGGCCAGGGAGGCUGGCAGAAGAACGGAGGCGGCCACGGAGGUGGUGGUCACGGAGGUGGUGGACAGGGGGGCUACGGAGGCGGUAGUCAAGGUGGCCAUGGACAAGGAGGCUACGGCGGUGGCCAAGGAGGUGGUCACGGAGGCGGCAGCAAGUCCCUGGCCGGCAACCGCGGCAGUUCCGUCUCCUGGCAGGGCGGAAACGGAGGCAACAACAAGCACGGCGGCGGCGGCGGAGGAGGCGGUGGCCUUUACGGAGGCGGUGGCGGCGGAGGUGGCAAGCACCACGGCGGUGGCUGGUAGAUACCACUAAAAGAGCAGCUAACCACCCCGACUGGUGCUGACCUGUGUUCCAUGGCAUAGAGAUAGAGACAACCCCCUGGAUCUUCCUGUUUUUUUCUAUCCAUAGCCCUUCUAUUUCUGCUAUUGCUGUUUUUUGUACUAAUAAAACUAUUCUAUGCAUUU